CCUCGCUCCCGGAAGUGGAGGGUCUGUGCGGAGAGCGCCGCUGGCUCUGGGUGCUGGGAGGCAGCAGCGCUCCCGGAGCUCGCCUGUCGGCCCCCGAUCGCCAUGUCGGCCUUCGACACCAACCCCUUCGCGGACCCAGUGGACAUAAACCCCUUUCAGGACCCCUCAGUGACCCAGCUGACCAAUGCCCCUCAGGGUGGCCUGGCGGAAUUCAACCCCUUCUCAGAGACAAAUGCAGCGACAACGGUUCCAGUCACACAGUUCCCUGGGCCCUCGCAGCCGGCAGUUCUCCAGCCCUCAGUAGAACCAGCCCAGCCAACCCCCCAGCUCCUGCUUAGACAGGCCAGCAAGUUCCUGCCUACCAGGUUCGUGGCAGUGAGUGAGCUCUCAGAGAGGCAGAUGCUGCUAGGAGGAGAUAGUAUUCUCAGAGAUACCUACAUGCGAAAUCUUCCGAAGGCCGUGGCCUCUGCAGCCCAGGCUGGCCUGCUUCGGCAGCAGGAAGAACUGGACAGGAAAGCUGCCGAGCUGGAACGCAAGGAGCGGGAGCUGCAGAAUACUGUGGCCAACUUACACGUGAGAGAGAACAACUGGCCGCCUCUGCCCUCAUGGUGUCCCAUCAAACCCUGCUUCUACCAGGAUUUCUCCACCGAGAUCCCUGCUGACUACCAGCGGACAUGCAAGAUGCUCUACUACCUGUGGAUGUUGCAUUCAGUGACUCUGUUUCUGAACCUGCUUGCCUGCCUGGCCUGGUUCUCAGCUGACAGCACCAAGGGAGUGGACUUUGGCCUCUCGAUCCUGUGGUUUCUGAUCUUCACCCCCUGUGCUUUCAUUUGUUGGUAUCGACCCACCUAUAAGGCCUUUAGGUCUGACAACUCUUUCAGCUUCUUCGUGUUCUUCUUUGUAUUUUUUUGUCAAAUAGGGAUCUACAUCAUCCAGUUGGUCGGCAUCCCUGGCCUGGGGGACAGUGGUUGGAUUGCAGCCCUGUCUGCACUGAAGCAAGACUCCUUGGCUGUGGCGGUCAUCAUGAUGGUGGUGGCUGGCUUCUUUACCCUCUGUGCCGUGCUCUCACUCUUCCUCCUGAAGCGGGUGCACUCCCUGUACCGCCGGACAGGGGCCAGCUUCCAGCAGGCCCAGGAAGAGUUUUCCCAGGGCAUCUUCAAUAACAGGACCUUCCGCAACACUGCCUCAUCUGCUGCCCGAGGAGCCUUCCAGGGGAAUUAGCCCUCCCGACUCUCUCUCCUCCCUCUGCCCCAGCCUUUUCUCUCACCUGCCUUCUGAACUGCACUUUCCGUGGGUGCCUUAUGAGGUGGUUGUGCCUAGCACAGACCUGAGGAGGGUCUUGCUGUGGCUCUUCCUCCUUCCUCAGCAACCAGCUUAUCUUUCCACCGAAGGGGAGGGACAGGGAUUUUUUUUUUUUUUUUUUCCCACACAAGAGAAAAGAAAAAAACUCAAAACUGUCUUUCUUUCUCUGGUGACAGUUUGGUAGGAUUCUUUUCUCUUUCUGGAAGCAAUGGGAAUGACGUUCUCCCCACUUCACUCCCAAAACACACACACUGUGGUGCAUUGACUGACUGGGCCAACCCCACCUGGAGCUUUGUUUCCAGCAGGGUCCUAGGACUCCACUCCUCCCCCAGCUGGCCUGACCUGAAUCUGACUUCCUAGACCCAGCCCAUGGCCGCCACAGUCCUGCCUUCCUGCCCAGGCUGUGGUAGCCUCCCAAGGGCUCCACAUUAGAGGAGCUGCAGGCUGGAUGGGUAGGCACCUCUGUUCCCCAGGUAGCUCUGGGCUAGUCUCUGGGCUGCCAGAGCUUCUGGCCUGGCCACCGCAGGUUCUCUGUCCCAUGUUGCUCACAAACAGUUUCAUAGCCUUUAGGCCUCCUGCAUCUGGUGUGGGCAGCACCUUGUGCCCUACAGAGCCCUAUGGGGCCUUUUCUGCAUCAGACUUAACUCAGUGUGCAGUGGGGUUGGUUGAGAUUUGGAGGGUGGGAAGAGGUGGGAUAUAGAGGACACUGACCCCAGGUUGUCCUGCCCAAGGCUUUGGCAGUUUCUAGAAGGGUGGGGUCUGAAUGUCAUGGUAUGGUUGGUUUGGCCCUGUUUGUUUUGACUUUCUCUCUUCAUGAGGAAUACCUGUCAUUUGCCUUAGCCUCAGAUUCUGCACUACCCAGCUGCCCUCCCCCCGCCAUCAGCAAUAUCCAGCCUUUCUUGGGGAGGGCAGGGGCAAGAAUUCCAGAACUACAUUCUUCAGGUUGGACUGAUGAGCCACCUUUGAACCCUGAAGCUAAUCCCCAGGGUCCCCCACCCACCCACAUAUGCCCCUGGUAGAGUCUAGGCCUCCUUGCUCUCAUCCUGGGGAUUCCCCAGGAGGUGUGCACUGUGAUGGGCACCUGGGAUUCCACAGUUAGAACUUACACCCUGCCCUCCCAGGAGUGGGUGUGUAGACUGAGAGGACUUCCCAAUACCUGGCCGGCCUCCUGCCUCGGGGACCUGGGGCCCAGCCUGCCCGGCCCCAGAGCCACUGAAUGAUAGUGGCAAUGGCCAGGGUCUUGUAAACCCUUUCUGGUAUUCCCCCCCUCCAUGUACAAAUGUAAAUGUUAUGUCUCAAUUUUUGUGCUUAAAUAAAAAUGACAUUUUGGAUGA